GCCCAGCAACCAAGAAUAUGAUGUAAACCUGGGUACGAGUUCUCUUGACCUUUAACCCCACUGACCCUUUGUUGCUAGCGCGCGGACAACAAAUUCUGUGCAGUCGACUUUCCGGUAUUUCGAUGAUUUUACGCCUUUUAGUAGAUGUCUGCUGGCCUGACGCAACUCUGAAAGCUCCCUGACUACAAAUUACAGAGCUUUACUGUUUAUGCUGGUUGACUGAGUACAGCAUUCAGACUGGAACCUGGUGUUACUGAACUGUCCCCCUUGCAGCUGUCCCAACUUCUGAAGGCUCCCAGAUCAACACGGACUGAAAGUCAUCUCAGCUACAGCAAACUCUCAGGGCAAAGUGGAGAAUGCAGUGACAACUGAGGAAGCACCGAUCUUUCCUUAGUUUCGUCUUAAGCUUUGUCUUAAGCAGUCUCUCGACCGUGCCAUGGCCAGAAGACGUCUGGAGGCAGCCCUGGAUGCCGGGAGGGAGAUCAGUAGUCCGGAGCUGGACCCCUUCAGUAAGCUCUCAGUCCUGAGUCACAUCCCUGUCCAGAGGGAGUUAGCUGGAGCCUACAGUCUGCAGUUCUCUCUCACAGGAAACCAGCUGGCUGUGGGGUUUGGCAAUGGAGCAGUACAGUUGUACAACCCUGAGAAUGGGGAGAUGACCCUUGCCCUGAAGAAGGGGUCAAGUCGGAGGGGCCUGGCGGUCAUGUCCCUGUGUUACCACCCCCUGGACAAUGGUAUCAUCCUGGAGGCUGGGGCUGAUGGCAACAUUGGCUGUUGGCAGCUGGAGACAUCCAUGUGUACACACAGUCUACAGGAGGACAAGAAUGAAAUAAAUGCCAUGGACUUCAACCUGGACGGAGCUGUGUUUGCCACCGUAGGGAAGGACAGGCACAUACGCAUGUAUGAUAGCAAGACUUUUGAGCUGUUGCAGACUUUGGAGGCUCCCAACCCUCUGAUUGAGGAUGUCCAGCCGACAUCAGGACACAGCAGGAGGAUUUACGCCAUCAAGUUCCACCCUACAGACAACUACAUGUUCAUCACAGCCGGCUGGGACAACAGUCUCAAGAUAUGGGAUCGCAGAACAAAGGGAGGUGCCAAGAGGGUGAUCGGUGGGCCACAUGUUUGCGGACCAGCCCUGGAUAUCAAGGACAACAAAGUGCUAACAGGUUCGUGGGUUGCGAAGGACUCUCUGCAGCUGUGGCACUUCCAGGAGCGGAGCCUGCUGCAGACGAUACCGUUCCCCGCGGGGAAGGGCGGGGAGUUCCUGUACUGCGCCCAGUUCUGUGACCACGACGUGGUGCUGGCGGGUGGCAGCGGAACCAACAGCGCGCAGGCCAUACAGAUGAAGAACGAAAAUGUGUUGGGGGCAGUAGAUGGAGGUGGCAAGGCAGUGCAGACGCUGGAUGCCAUCAGGGGAGGUCGUCUGUUGGCAGUGGGAGGGCUGGGACCGCAAAUCACUGUGGGAAAAUUGGAGUAAACUGUUAACAUUUUCCACCCAAGCGGAAUAUCUGAAUUUAUUUGCAGUUAUUGGAGGAUAUUUUCUUCCAGUGAAGAUGCAGCAAAAGUCAGUUCUGACAUAGCAGAAGCCUUUCUGCAUACGUUUUAUUUCCAAGUAUUAGUAUGUAAAUAUUUUUCACACUCAAGGAAAGAGACUCAGCAGUUCUCUGUUAACUUGAUGUCCUAGACAGCAAAUUUUGUAGCAGAUGCAACUUGUCAGUGCAGUAGCAUCUUAACAGCAAACCAGUUGUAGUGUUGGCCUGUUGAAUACUGAUGAUAACCAACAACAUUGAUGUUCCAUUCCUAAUAAAAUGUAGAACCUCAUCAGGGACCACAGUAGAAGUUCACAUACAGAUAAAUGCAUUUUUAUUAACCAAUCUACUACUACUAGGUAGCCAUUCCACUACUGGCUAUGGUGUUGGGCUACAGGGAGAAGGGCUGGUCUACAAAACUGAGGGUAGUCAGGAAUCAAAAUUUUUCUGUUUUUCCCUUAGUACAUCUCCCCUGUAUUCUACAGUCCUUGAACACACAGGCUUGAAAUCAACCAACUUUUCCCAUUAACUGAUUAGAAUGAAAUAGAAUUGUCCAAGUAAUGUUUAAUAGUGCAAUAGAGAAUAUGAGAUACCCAGAUGUAUUUAGUUGACAGAGAAUGUUUUUCGUUUGGCUUAACAAGGAAAGUUAAAUAGUUUCAACAUCAUUGCAGUAAUUCUGACAUGUGGCCAGUUUAGAGAGAUUAUGUACAUUGUACAUGUAUAUAGUGGAUGUUUGGUACAGUUCCAGCAAAGGCAAAUGUUGUCAAUACUGGUUGCAGUUGGUAGGGUAGGGUUUGGGGAUAAUAUGAGAAAUGUUCCUGUAGCUGUAAAUGUUGAUUUUGGGUAGGAAAUGGUUACAUUCCAUCCACAUAAGGAAUUAGAUGAUUGAGUUAUCAGUUUUAGACUGAUAUUGUUCUGGAAGAGCUGCUUACUACAUGUUGUCAAAUACAGGUAAUAAAGAUCUCACUGCAAAAUAAUUACAUGAUAGUAGCUUUAGAUGGUCUUAUCUGUAGACUCUAUUCAUGGAGUUGAAAAACAAAAACCUUUACAUCAACAAAAUCCAUGUUAAUUAGGACAAAGCAAGGUUCCAUUUUUAUGACAGUGAUGACGCUGAUGAGUAAAUAAUCUGUUCUUGUAGACUAAAGUACUGCAGUUCAAACUAAAGGUGUUAGGGAGCGCUGCCAGUCUUCCCAGCAACACUGCAUCCCACCCCGAUUCCAUGAAAACAAGAGCCACCUUACCCAAUACAGCAGGUGUCUAUAGAAGUCAAUAUAUAGUGCUACAUGUGGAAGAGCAUUCAUGGAGUUAGCAUUUUUUCAUAUUGGAUAUUGGGGCUAUGAAAUAUUCAUCUAGUACAAAACUGCUUUGUGCCCUUUAUCCUAUAUCAUAACCAUUAUGAUAUAGAAAAGGUGUGUUGCAUGUUAUGUAACGUGAGAUGGAGCAUAUUUUUGAUUACAUAAAUCAUUGCAGAGGCUUUUUUCAUUUCAUAACCUAUCUAAUCUCUCAAGGACACCCACGUCACUACUACUUUAUUACUUUUACCUGUAGUUGAAAGCAUUACAUCCCACUCAGUGUCAGAGAAAGGAAAUAGCGAAUGUGGCGCCCGGAGAUGUUUUUGAAGCCGCCGGGUAACACGAUAUGUUGUGAUUGGUUGAGCUGCAUCUGUUAAAUGUCGCUAAUGGGAUCCGACCAUGCGAAGAGGCGGCGUGGGCUGCUUCAGAGGUUCGGGUAUAACGUAAUAGGUUUGUCAAACACAUCCCCAGGGCAAAAACAUGCACAUUUCCUUGGUAAUUCCCACUCAGAUCAACCACUAGCAAAACAACUAGCAAUGCUGGUUUGGGUGUUUUUAACCUACACACUUUGGGGUUUUUUAACCUACACACCUACACACUUUGGGGGGUUUUAACCUACACACUUUGGGGUUUUUUAACCUACACACCUACACACUUUGGGGUUUUUUAACCCACACACUUUGGGUUUUUUUUAA